UCAAAGCGGAAAAAGCGCAGACAACCGAACCAAGUCCGUGUCUCGCCUGGGAGAUAUCGGAACGCCUCGUCGGAGGAUUUUUCGACUUCCGGCGACUGUCAUCGGCGUAUCCUUGCCGGAUUUUGCCCGGAUUUCUGGGUUUCGAAAUGGCUGGGAUCAUAAAUAAAUUGCGGAAUCUGGAUGCGUAUCCCAAGAUCAAUGAGGAUUUCUAUAGCCGUACGCUUUCUGGAGGCGUUAUCACACUCAUCUCCUCCGUUGUUAUGUUCCUUCUUUUCUUCUCUGAGCUGCGAUUGUAUCUUCAUACCGUCACUGAGACGGAGCUCGUGGUUGACACGUCUAGGGGAGAAACACUACGCAUCAACUUCGAUGUCACUUUUCCCUCUCUUGCAUGUUCAAUUCUUAGUGUUGACGCCAUGGAUAUCAGUGGGGAGCAACACCUUGACGUGAAACAUGACAUAAUCAAGAGAAGAAUAGAUUCUCAUGGCAACAUCAUAGAAGCAAGGCAGGAUGGAAUCGGUGCUCCUAAGAUUGAAAAACCACUGCAAAAACAUGGUGGGAGGCUUGGGCAUAAUGAGACUUACUGUGGUUCCUGUUAUGGUGCAGAAGCGUCAGAUCAUGAUUGUUGCAAUUCAUGUGAGGAUGUUCGUGAAGCAUAUAGAAAGAAAGGAUGGGCUCUUUCAGAACCAGAUUUGAUUGACCAGUGCAAGCGAGAGGGUUUUCUACAACGGGUAAAGGACGAGGAGGGUGAAGGGUGUAAUAUCUAUGGGUUUUUGGAGGUUAAUAAGGUGGCUGGGAACUUCCACUUUGCCCCAGGGAAAAGCUUUCAUCAAUCGGGCGUUCACGUUCAUGAUCUCCUUGCAUUUCAUAAAGACAGUUUUAAUAUAAGUCACAAGAUCAACAGACUGGCUUUCGGGGACUACUUUCCUGGUGUUGUAAACCCUCUUGAUGGAGUCCACUGGAGCCAAGACACGCCUAAUGCUAUGUAUCAAUACUUUAUCAAGGUUGUACCUACAGUAUACACAGACAUCAGAGGACACACAAUUCAAUCUAAUCAGUUCUCUGUGACUGAGCAUGUUAAGACAUCAGAAGCCGGUCAGCUGCAAUCGUUGCCUGGUGUGUUCUUCUUCUACGAUCUCUCCCCCAUCAAGGUAACAUUCACGGAGCAACAUAUACCGUUCUUGCACUUUUUGACGAGUGUCUGUGCCAUAGUCGGAGGUGUAUUCACCGUGUCUGGGAUAAUAGACGCGUUCAUAUACCAUGGCCAAAAGGCAAUCAAGAAGAAGAUGGAAAUCGGGAAAUUCAGCUGAAUCCUGAUCGCCCCCCUUCAUCUCGAAACUCGCUGCCUCGACUCUGCCAUGAGAAAACCAAGGUGUGAUAUGCUCGUUUACCCUUCAGCAUCCGUCCUUGCGUUUUUACUCGUGAAUCAGGGUUAUGCAAGUUCCGUGAUUCCAUACCACACAAGUGGGGCGUCAUCAUGUGUAGCGUUAAUGUUGAUUCAUCAGCUGUAAUUUUCGCGUUAACUUAAAUCGAUUUUCCUUCCCGUGGAUUCGGACUUGAAUAUGUAAGUCGUCAAAAGAAAAUGAAAUGACAGAACCCUCCCUUCUUGGCUGAUAA